AUGGUGAUACUUUUAACUCUCUUCUCAUCCAUCUUCCUCAUCUUUCUUAUCCGCAGAACAAGAAGAAUAAGAGCACGGCUUCCACCAGGCCCUUCGGGUCUUCCUCUCAUAGGCAAUCUUCACCAGCUUUCCAGGUCUUCCCCACAUAGCUAUCUAUGCCAUCUUUCCCAACAAUAUGGCCCUCUCAUGUUCCUGCGCUUUGGCCUCAAGCCCGCCAUUGUUGUUUCCUCGGCCAAAAUAGCCAGACAAGUCAUGAAAACCCACGACCUCGUAUUUGCUAGCAGACCAUCUUUGCUUGGUCAACAGAAAUUGUCGUACAACGGCUUAGACGUGGCUUUCGCACCUUACAGUGACUAUUGGAGAGAAAUGAAAAAAUUGUGUGUCCAUCACCUGUUUAGCUCUCGGCGCACCCACUCGUUUCGUCCCGUUCGGGAAGACGAGGUUGUGCGAAUGAUUCGAAACUUGUCACUGUCUGCUGCUUCUCACAAAGUAAUCAACCUGAGCGAGAGGUUAACGUUUUUCACCAGCACUUUGAUAUGUCGGAUUGCUUUCGGGAAAAGGCAUGAUUUGGAAGACCAAGGACGUGAGAGAAGUAGAUUUCAUGGACUGCUAAAUGAAGCUGAGGCAUUAUUGGUCGAAUUGUAUUUCUCAGACUAUCUGCCAUGGUUGGGGUGGGUUGAUAGACUCAGAGGACUUCUCAGUCGUCUGGAUAAAACCUUCAAGCAACUUGACAUGUUCUACCAACAAGUCAUCAACGAUCACAUAAAUGCAACAACACCUCCUGCCGACCAACAAGACAUCAUUAAUAUCCUUCUUCAAAUAAUGGAUUCUCAAUCGUCCUCGUUUGAUCUCAGUUUAGAUCACAUCAAGGCUUUGCUCAUGAAUAUAUUUAUAGCAGGAACAGACACGAGUGCAGCAACAAUAGUUAUGGCAAUGACCUCAUUGAUAAAGAAUCCCAGGGUAAUGAAGAAAGUACAAGAUGAAAUCAGAAAGUUAUAUAGUGAGAAAGAAUUCAUAAGUGAAGAGGAUAUUGAGAGGCUUCCUUACCUCAAAGCAGUGGUGAAGGAGACUCUGAGACUGUUUCCACCUACUCCCUUGCUUCUGCCAAAAGAAUCCAUGGACAGGUGCAGCAUAGAAGGUUACGAGAUUCAACCAAAAACUAUGGUUUUAGUGAAUGCGUGGGCUAUAGGGAGAGACCCUGAGACAUGGGAAGAGCCAGAACAGUUUUAUCCAGAAAGGUUCUUCAACAACUGUUCAGUAAACUUCAAAGGCCAAGAUUUUGAGCUGAUUCCAUUUGGAGCUGGUCGCAGGAUUUGUCCCGGAAUGCUCAUGGCAGUAGUCACAGUGGAGCUUACACUUGCUAAUCUUCUUCACUGUUUUGAUUGGGAAUUGCCUGCUGGGAUUGAGGAGCAUGACAUUGACACCGAAGUCACACCAGGAAUAGCUGUGAACAAGAAAAAUGAUCUUUUCUUAGUCAUUAAGAACCCAUAA